AUGGCACUGACACGACUCUUCAACGAAGUCCUCUUCUCCGGGGAGCUACCGUCAGAUUGGGGUGUUUCGCUGCUUGCACUUCUCCCCAAGACGAAGUGGCCGGCUGGAGUUUCCGAACUUAGGCCCAUAGCUAUGUCGUCGGCGGCCAUGAAAGCUAUGUCGCGCAUCAUCAUGGCGCGCUCGUUUGACGCCAUCAGACACCCGUCACCUUGGUCGUGCGCUGGCCGUGGAAGAGGAUGUGCUGAUAUGCAUGGCGCAAUGGGUCGUUUACGAGAUAUGACACGUGAGUGGAGAUUGGGUGUUCUCGCUGUCAAGCUCGACAUUAAGGGUGCUUUUGACAACAUUAGCCGUGCCGCAGUUGCCGACUACCUGACUCAAAAGGUCAAAGAGCCGUUCGAGCUACGCUUCCUCCUGCAGUUGUUGGCGGACAAUGUCCUUGUGGGGUGUGCACCUGGGGGGGCCUCUGUGCAUCUUCAGAGUAACCGUGGUAUCCGCCAGGGCUCUCCCGAGUCUGCUGAGCUUUUUGGUCUCAUUGUGUCCCAGAUCAUCACUGAGCUCAAGGAUGGCAUACUUUGGAAAAAACCAGGUCCCCCGAUAGCUGACAUUCCGGCAGAUGUGGGAUGUUACCAAGAUGACAUCUUCGUUUGGGGUGAGAACCCGAGAUGGAUUUCGCAUAACAUCAAGCUCAUCGCGUCGGAGCUCUCCAAGAUUGGGCUCUCGCUGGCAUGUGAGAAAACUGCGGUGAUCUCCUCCAAGUACUACAAGGGUGUGCGAUAUUUGGACGUUGCCGGCAAACGUGUUGACUUUCUACCUGCUGGCAGCUCACUCAGGGUUCUUGGGCUCGACUUUGACCUUGAUGCUCCUGCGCAUCAACAGGCGAAAGAAAUCAUGGGGAGAGUCUGGUCUGCCUUCCAUAGCAAUAAGACCGUUCUCUGUGGUGUUGGUUCACGUCGAGAAAAAGCGUCAAUGGUGUGUAAGCUCAUUGACGGAUGUUGGAGUUGGUGUGCGGGAGCCCUACAUUGGGAAGCAGCGGAUCUCGUGGCGAUGAACUCCAUCCAGCUCCGCAUCUUCCGCUUGUGCUUCGGGUGUAAACGACUUGCUCGUGAAGACUGGGUGUCGUACAAUUCUCGUUCUCUCCGUGAAGUCCGUCUUUGGCUCCAGCAGAGUGGCAUUGAGCGAUGGAGUACUAAAAUCGUACGACUGCAGUUUCAGAUCAUGGGUGUUUUCGUGCCGCAAACAUCGAGAGAUCCUUCGCUUGCGCACUGGGUGUUCAAUGGCAACGUGCCUGUGCUAAUCGUGAUGGGUGGAAACAACUUUUGCCAAUAUCUGCUACAGUAUGUGAAGCUCCUUGCUGAGAAUGUGGUGGAAAUUGGGUGUGUGCAGCUUGGCUCCAGCGUGACUUUGCUGACAUGCUGGGUGUACGACUUCUACAUGUUCGCUGGGGACGUGUUCUACAUGGCAGACCGUCGGUUGUGCUUCCGCGUGUUCGACUUCUGCCUGCGCUUCAAGUUCGGCGACCUCACCUACGUGCAGCUCUACCACGACGACCAGCUCUUCUGUGGAUGCGGACGGUUAUGA